AGAAGGACGCAAAGGAAUCGACAAAGCCGAUCUCAAAAACGUGUCCUGCCAAAGCGACGCCGGUGUAACGGAUACCAGCCGCCGAUGAGGGAGGGAUAAGAGCCAUUCAUUGUGUCCGUGUCCAUGGGGAGUAGUUGUGUGUGGAGCCCGUGGAAUAGGAGGUGUAUCAAGCGCGUCGUUCAGACUUGAUUGUUAAAGUAAGGAAGAUGUCAACGCAGAGCCGAAUGUAUUCGCGCAUUUGUUCAUAGUGAAUGUAAAUGCACAUGAGGACUGAGGAUCUGGCGAUCGAUUUCCAUCAACUUCUGCGCGCAUCUCAGGCGUUGUAAUAUCAGCGCAGUUUACAACAAGAUCUACGAAAUACGAAGGACUGUCACUGCAAAUCAAGGAACAUGAACGCACCACUUCUACUUCAUCUACUUUUCCAAGUUGUUCUGCUCUAUGAUGCUUUGGGAUGGGAAGUGAGAAUGCCGAAAGAUAUUCAUGGUCUCCAAGGUUCCUGUCUGGUCAUACCAUGCUCUUUCAGCUACACAUCAAACCCACCCAAAAACCCACAUAGAGUUGUGUGGUAUCAGUAUGUCUUUAGAGGUUAUCCUUUAGUUUACGAUCCAUGGCAUCCAGACAGUGUCAUUGAGAUGUUCAGAGGAAAAACUGAUUUAUAUAGUAACUCAAGUAGGGAUUGCAGUCUGCUGAUCAAAAACCUGGAAUGGUCCCACCAUGGAGAGAAAUUAUAUGCAUGGAUCGACCCUGAAAACAUUGGGUAUAGGACCUACAAAUUUUAUGAUGUCACUUCCACAAUCCUUGUCAAAGAAAGUACACAGCAACCGAGCAUCAAAGUUUUUGGAGGUAACAGGACAGGUGACACCAUCACAGUAGUAUGUUCAACUUUCCACACAUGUCCAUACAGUAAACCAACCAUCACUCUGAACGGGAUAGAAGGAUCUGAUCAAAUAGACAAUGAGCAUAUUAAAGAUGGCCUGUGGAAAAGCACUCUGACACGCACAGGUGUCGUAAAGACAGCACAUUUGAUUAUUGAGUGUUCAGUAACACAUUAUGGUGGAAUAAAUGUGACAGCUACAAAAGAUAAAAGUGCUAAAUGUGUUCAUCAUAACAUAUCGAUUGAGCCUGAACUGGCAGAUGUCACCGAGGGCAUCGCAAAGAACUUCACUUGUAGCGUCUACCAUUCCUGCCAGAAUGAGAAUCCAAACAUUACAUGGAACUAUGAGAACAUGCAGGUCACAGAGUGGAACAAAACACUUUCUACUUUAGAUCAGAUCAGCUAUUCUAGCAUAACCUUUCUGGGUGCAAAAGAAGACCAUGGCAAGAAAUUGAUAUGUAUGGCAAAAGUUUCUGGAAGAGACGUUAUGUCAUUUGUUGUCUUAAAUGUGCAAAACCCAGUGUUUAUUGGACUCAAGAUUACUGGUCUUUACAUCUUAACACCGUCACUUGUGUUCCUUCUGGCUUGUAUCCUUGUUGUAGUCAUAUUCAAGAAGAGACAAAGGUCAAAAGAUGCAAGUCCAGAGUCAGGAAAAAAACAUUUCUCCAAACCUCAAAUGCCCUCACCAAAGAGUGAUCCAAAAUCCCACUCAGAUUAUGAUUAUGAAGCUGAUUACAUCAACGAGGAAGUAGGCAACAUCUAUGAAAAUGUCUGAUGAAAAAGCUACACGAUCAAAACCAAAAUGCGUUUCACUAUAGUGUUUAUAAGAAGACCAAAAAUUUCAGACUUUAUUAAUAAUAAAACAUUUGUCAUGCAUAUUAUGUAGCAUCAGGAUAUUAUGCCUUCUAACACAAAAUGUAACAUACUUUUUAUAAUACAUGCAUUUAUCUUUAGAAUAUAAAAUCCUUCUGAAGUAUCUGAAGUAUCACUCUGAAUUAUAUAUGUAACCCUGGGCCACAAAAGCAGUCUUAAGUUGCACGGCUAUAUUGUAGCAAUAGCCAGCAAUACAUUGUAUGAGUCAAAAUUAUCUAUUUUUCUUUCAUGCAAAAAAUUAUUUGGAUAUUGAAUAAAGAUAAUGUUCCAUGAAGAUAUUUUGUACAUUUCAAUUAUGUAUGUUUUAUUAUUAUUAUUUUUAAAUUGA